AUGGCUACCAACGGCGAUUUCUCCGACGAGGAGUCCCAGCCCGGCUCGCCCAUGCUCGACGCCAACAAUGCCCAAGGUGACGUUGAGGGGUUGGAGCCGCUUGAACAGGGAGAGAAGCCGAUCAAGUCGGCGAUGAAGAAGUCCACCGAGCCCUCGCUGCUCCAGCCGAAGCGACCAGAACUCCCCGAACAACCCAACCCCGAAACCCUCGACCUGUCGAAAUUGACGCCCUUGUCGCCUGAGAUUAUUGCCCGACAAGCUACUCAGAAUAUCGGCACCAUCGGCCAUGUGGCACACGGGAAAUCAACCGUGGUCAAGGCGAUUUCGGAGGUGCAAACCGUUCGUUUCAAGAACGAGCUGGAGCGAAACAUUACAAUCAAGCUGGGUUACGCCAAUGCCAAGAUCUAUAAGUGCGACAACUCCGCCUGUCCCCGCCCGACAUGCUACAAGAGUUUCAAGAGCGAGAAGGAGAUCGAUCCGCCCUGCGAGCGCGAUGGAUGCGGAGGACGAUACCGGCUGCUUCGCCAUGUGUCCUUCAUCGAUUGCCCGGGUCACGAUAUUCUCAUGUCUACGAUGUUGUCUGGUGCCGCAGUCAUGGAUGCCGCCCUCCUCUUGAUUGCCGGAAACGAAGUCUGCCCGCAGCCUCAAACCUCGGAGCAUCUGGCGGCUAUUGAGAUCAUGAAGCUUAGCCACAUUAUUAUUCUGCAGAACAAGGUGGAUUUGAUGCGCGAAGAUGGCGCCCUGCAGCACUACCAGUCCAUUCUCAAGUUCAUCCGUGGUACCGUUGCCGAUGGCUCGCCCAUUAUUCCCAUCUCUGCUCAGCUUAAAUACAACAUCGAUGCCGUCAACGAGUACCUCGUGUCGCACAUCCCGGUUCCUAUUCGUGACUUCACCGCUUCGCCUCACAUGAUGGUUAUCCGUUCAUUCGAUGUGAACAAGCCUGGUGCGGAGAUUGACGAGCUGAAGGGAGGUGUUGCCGGUGGUUCCAUUCUGACCGGUGUGGUGAAGCUGAAUGAUGAGAUCGAGAUCCGCCCGGGUCUUGUCACCAAGGACGAGCACGGCAAGAUCCAGUGCCGCCCGAUUUUCUCCCGUGUUGUGUCCCUGUUCGCCGAGCACAACGACCUCAAGUUCGCCGUUCCCGGUGGUCUGAUCGGUGUGGGAACUCGGGUCGACCCUACGCUUUGCCGUGCGGACCGUCUGGUUGGUUUCGUCCUGGGUCACCGCGGCCGCCUGCCCGCCAUCUACACGGAGAUUGAGGUCAACUACUUCUUGCUGCGCCGCUUGUUGGGUGUCAAGACUGCCGAUGGCAAGCAGGCCAGAGUUGCCAAGCUGGCAAAGAACGAAGUGCUGAUGGUCAACAUUGGCUCGACAGCCACCGGUGCCAAGGUCCUGGGUGUCAAGGCCGAUGCCGCCAAGCUCAGUCUGACCAGCCCGGCUUGCACGGAAGUUGGUGAGAAGAUUGCCAUCAGUCGGAGAAUUGAGAAGCACUGGCGUCUCAUUGGGUGGGCCAACAUUGUUGCUGGUAACACCCUCGAGCCCGUUCAGCAGUAA